GAUGACGUUGUUUACCCUAGCCCACGGGAGGCGCCAGCUACAAGUAAGAUGAAAGAUGGAUUCACACAAGACAAUAAUAACGACUUGGUUGCAGAAAGUGAUUUCCUUCAACGUAACUUACGUCUCUCGCCAACCGCUAGUUCUAAACUUAGUUGGAAGAUUGAAAACACUUCAAAUAUCACAACCGCAUUCUUCACUGUCUGUUGUGGUGCCAGCUUCAUACGAAGAACCCCCGUCCCUUCCCACCAGCCCUCUACCGCCAACUACCGACCCUAUUAUCCCGGAAACGGAAAUGGGAAGCGGGGCAACAAAGUUUCUCACUGAAUCGAAACGUAAUGACGUCACGGCAUCGAGCAACGGCCAGAGUAUGACGUCACAGGAGACUGAUAUACAAUGCGUUGUCGAAAUGACAGAUGGAAAAAAGAAACCGGCGGCUAUUGAUUUCGGGGUCGCAGAUGUUUCAUCUGGACAACAGAAAUCAACAGAUACAAUUAUAUGCAAUUAUCAGGCAGAAGCGGAGGCAAAGAGACUUGAGUUAAAGACGUUACUGUUGGAAUAUGAACAACUAGUCGUUGAGGUUCAGCGACUUGAACUCUACAAGUUAAACAACCGGCAUCGACCGUAGCUGCAUACACGCAUAAUAUGUUCAAUGGGCGUAUUUCGAAUAUACAAACUGGUGCAGGAAUCCGACUGUUCUACAUUUGAAAAACUCAAUCGUUAU